GUCGCAGAACGACGUGCUCCUCCCCGAGACGCUGCUCAAGAAGCGCAAGACGGACCAGAAGGCCCGCGAGGAGAAGCUGGCCAAGGCCGGCGAGCUGCGCAAGGUGCGUGUGCAGGCAGGCCGCAUGGAAGGGUGAAGAGAGAACAGGUGAUGGUGGUUUUGGACUGGCGGCGACAUGCUGCUGUCGUCGCGGCCAGAUAGCGGCGCUGGCAGGGCAUCGUCGGGCAUUGAGUGGCAGGCCGCCAAGCCGCAGCACGGCGAGCUGCGGCGAGCGGUGCCAUCCACCGCUAGCCAUGCGCCCGCACCGCAGCGUCGCAGGCGCGCAUGCUCGCCGCCGCCGCAGCGCCGUGCAGCGCAGCACAGCAGCGCACACUCGGGCCGCGCAAGAUGCAUAACUACACAACCGAUUACGGCUAGCCAUGCGCGAUGCUGCCCACAAUCAACCAUCUUUCGGGGCUGACGCGACGAGUGGCGCGCGCGUUGCUGCGGUGCUAUGGGACAUGGGAGCGAGAGAAGGCGGAGGGCAGAUGGAGGGGGAGGCGGCAGUGCGGCGGACCUCUCGAGUCGCGCGCAUGCUGAUGCUGACGCCACUUCCCGUCGCCAGGCCAAGAAGGACAAGCGCCGCGUCAUCUUCAAGCGCGCCGAGUCGUACGUCGCCGAGUACGCCGCCAAGGAGCGCGAGGAGAUCCGCCUGCGCCGGGCAGCCAAGGCCGCUGGUGACUUCUACGUCCCGGCGCAGCCCAAGGUUGUGUUCGUCGUGCGCCUGCGCGGUAUCUGCAACAUUGCGCCCAAGCCGCGCAAGAUCCUGCAGCUGCUGCGCCUGCUGCAGAUCAACAACGGUGUCUUCGUCCGCCUCACCAAGGCCACGUCGCAGAUGCUGCAGCUCGUGCAGCCCUACGUCACCUGGGGCCCGCCGAACCUGAAGAGCGUGCGCGAGCUCAUCUACAAGCGCGGAUACGCCAAGAUCGACCGCCAGCGCAUCCCGCUCUCUGACAACGCCAUCAUCGAGAAGCACCUCGGCAAGUUCGGCAUCAUCUCCAUCGAGGACAUCGUCCACGAGAUCUACACGUGCGGCCCGCACUUCAAGCAGGCCACCAACUUCCUCUGGGCCUUCAAGCUGCCGAACCCCAACGGUGGCUGGGCCAACCGCAAGCUGACGCCCGUCGUGCAGGGCGGCGACGCCGGUGACCGCGACGAGGCCAUCAACGCCCUCAUCCGCCGCAUGAACUAAGCGUGCCCCACCACCUCGCUCACGCGCCCGCACCACCACAUGCUCGCGUGAGUGUUGUAAAAGGCAUUCUGCCAGCCGAGGAGGAAGCGGCUGCCAUUAUUCAUUUGCGUAGAGGGGAGGAGCUGGGGAAUGCCAUGUGUUUUUAG